AUGUCUCCCGCUCGUCAAGCAGAGCCUUUUUAUGUUCCUGGUGACUACAUGGACAUAUCUCUGAAGUAUUCGCUCAAUCAAGAAAAUCAGCUGCUCCUUAAAAAGCUGAGGCAUGUACGCCUAAAAAACAAGCAGCUGGAAUAUGAUGUAGUGCAGCUGCAUGAUAAACUACGUGAGCAAAACAAGUGCUUGCCUGCCUGUGUCACAAGGAAAGAUGUACAGAUUCAAACAGAGUUUCACUUAUACCAUAAAGGUGAUGGCGUUCAUCACAAGGAACACGAAGUAGUAAAGGAACAUGCCAGAGUACUUCAGUUGUAUAAUGAACUGAAGAAAAGGUACAAUAAAGAAGUCAAAACAAAUCAAAGACAAAAUGAAACAGUUGCAAUGCUGUCUGGUAAAAUUAAUAAUCUGGAACACCAACUUCAUUUAGCAAACCAAAAGAUAAAUGCCUUGGAAUAUAAAAAAAAGGACAAAUUUGUUCCAAUUCAGAGAAGAAUGUCAUCUGACAAAUGUAUGUGCAAAAAGAAGGGAAGCUGUUCCUGCAAAUAUUUAGACCAGCUGCUUUAUGAGACACAGCGACUGAAGAUGGAAAAUGAAACGCUUUCCAAAGAAAGAAGAAUGUUAAAAAAUGAGCUUGCUGCAUUAGAUAAGGAUUUCUUUGAUGAAAUAGAAGAUUUAAAAUAUGCUCUACAAGAAGCCAUAAAGCUGAAUACUCAUUAUGAAAAGUGUUUAAAAAAGUUAAGUUCCACUUAUGGAAUCACUUCUACAUCAGGGUUGACAGCUGGCAAUCCUCGUACAACUUUAUGGAAAUAACGUGAUCAGUCAAUAUUAUUAUUAAAGUAUACUGAGUAUAUACAGAAAAAUCAACUCUCAACAGAAUAACUUCUUAAUUUGUGCAAUAAAAUCAUGACUC